AUGAAAUGUCAGUGUCACAUUUCUGAAAGGAAUCCAUCGAAAAUUCGAAGGGCUGUUGAUAGUUAUAUUUGUAAAUUAUAUAAAUUUACGAUACAUUACAAUGGCUUCAGCAUCAAGACGUAGUCUGGGUCAAUUAAUCCAACAAGGAUGGCACGAAAUUCCUGAAGUUUUGGCUACGACGGGUUUGGCGAUCUUGGGCAUUGGCAUGGCUACAGUAGGAUGUUACAAUUAUGUGAAAAUGGACGGAGACAACAGGAGGUACAAGAGCACCUACGUUGUAAUGAGGCCUGACGACCCUAAAGCAAAACUAAUUCGCAAAAAUUAACUCUAGUUCGUGUAAGUCAGAUUCUGUAAAUGUGAAAUAUUAGCUUCAAUUUAUUAUGUAAUAAAGAUCAGUGUUAUUAUGUUGUUGUUUA